CUCUAGAUCUCUCUUAGGCGCCCAGAAAAUGUUUUUGAUCGACUUCCUGUUGUUCAGUGGGGGAGCCACCAGCCAGAUGGACACCCCAAAUUUCCUACAGUUGGUGACCGUGUGUUCCAGGUGUUUGAAAGUCAGAGAAGUGAGGACAGAGACGUGGAGAGACAGGGAAAGAGACAGAGACGUGGAGAGACGCAAAGAGACUUGGAGAGAGACUAAAGCAAGGCACUAAGCAGGACAGGACCUGACAAGAAGGACAAGCUCGCUGCCCCUGGAGCCCCAGCCCCGCCUUCAUGCCCAGCAGGUGCCCCACCUGGCCCAUCCUCCCAGGUAAGCCUCAGCCGGUGCUGCAGGCAGUCUGACUCCGUCCCCCAAGUGACUUCCGAGGACGAUCUGCCGCAAGAGGAUGGCCCAAGUUCUGCACGUGCCAGCCCCCUUCCCAGGGACCCCCGGCCCGGCUUCCCCGCCUGCCUUCCCUGCCAAGGAGCCCGACCCGCCCUACUCCGUGGAGACGCCCUACGGCUACCGCCUCGAUCUGGACUUUCUCAAGUACGUGGACGACAUCGAGAAGGGACAUACUCUGCGGCGCGUGGCCGUGCAGCGCCGUCCCCGCCUGGGCUCGCUGCCCCGCGGCCCUGGCUCCUGGUGGACGUCCACCGAGUCGCUGUGCUCUAACGCCAGCGGGGACAGCCGCCACUCGGCCUACUCCUACUGCGGCCGCGGCUUCUACCCCCAGUACGGCGCCCUGGAGGCCCGCGCCGGCUUCAACCCCCGCGUGGAGCGCACGCUGCUGGACGCCCGGCGCCGCCUCGAGGACCAGGCGGCCACGCCCUCCGGCCUGGGCUCGCUGACCCCCAGCGCAGCCGGCUCCACGGGCUCCCUGGUGGGCGUGGGGCUGCCGCCCCCGACGCCGCGGGGCUCGGGACUGUCCACGCCGGUGGCGCCCAGCGCCGGGCACCUGGCGCACGUGCGGGAGCAGAUGGCGGGCGCCCUGCGGAAGCUCCGGCAGCUGGAGGAGCAGGUGAAGCUGAUCCCCGUGCUCCAGGUGAAGCUGUCGGUGCUGCAGGAGGAGAAGCGGCAGCUCACCGUGCAGCUGAAGAGCCAGAAGUUCCUGGGCCACCCCGCGGGGGCCCGGGGCCGCGGGGAGCUCUGCCUGGACCUCCCCGAGCCCCCCGAGGACGCAGUGUCGCUCGAGACCCGCAGCGUGGGCACCUGGGUCCGAGAGCGGGACUUGGGCAUGCCCGACGGGGAGGCGGCCCUCGCCGCCAAGGUCGCCGUGCUGGAGACCCAGCUCAAGAAAGCGCUCCAGGAGCUGCGGGCGGCGCAGGCCCGCCAGGCCGACCCCAAAACCCAGGCCUGGCCACCGCCGGACAGCCCGGUCCGCGUGGACACCGUCCGAGUGGUGGAAGGGCCACGGGAGGUGGAGGUGGCGGCCAGCACAGCCGCCGGGGCCCCCGCACAGCGGGCCCAGAGCCUAGAGCCUUACGGGGCUGGGCUGCGGGCCCUGGCGACACCCGGCGGGGCAGAGAGCCCGCCCGUGUUCCGCAGCCACGAGGUGGUGGAGGCGAUGUGCCCAGUGUCCACCGCACCCACCAGCAACUUCCACGUGGUGAAGAAAAUCAGCAUCACAGAGCGAAGCUGCAACGGGCCCGCAGGUCUCCCACAGACUCCUGCAGAGUCAUCCUCGCCACCCCCGGAGUCCACAGCAGCCUCCCCGGCCCAGCCCGAGAAGAAUGCGGGCCAGGUGCCUGCCCGUGACACCGCCAACAGGGAGCCCGCCCAGCAGGCAGCCUCCCAAGAACCCGAGGGGGCAGGGGGUGCAGGCAGGCCCCAGGCGGGCAUCCGGUCCAUCAUGAAGCGGAAAGAAGAGCCCACAGACCCAGUGGCCCACCAGCGGAGCCUUCAGUUUGUGGGUGUUAACGGCGGGUACGAGUCGUCCUCGGAGGACUCCACCACGGCUGAGAACAUCUCAGAUAGCGACAGCACGGAGAACGAGGCCCCAGAGCCAGAGGAGAGGGUUCCCAGUGUGGCCGAAGCACCCCAGCUCAGGCCUGGGGGGACAGCAGCGGCCAAGACCAGCCGGCAGGAAUGCCAGCUGUCUCGGGAGUCACAGCACGUGCCCACAGCCAAGGGGGCCGCGGGAUCUAACACAGAGGAAGAGAUCCGGAUGGAGCUAAGCCCCGACCUCAUCUCAGCCUGCUUGGCCUUGGAAAAGUACCUGGACAACCCUAGUGCGCUCAGCGAGCGCGAGCUGAAGGUGGCCUACACCACGGUGCUGCAGGAGUGGCUGCGCCUGGCCUGCCGCAGCGACGCACACCCCGAGCUUGUGCGGCGCCACCUGGUCACGUUCCGGGCCAUGUCUGCGCAGCUGCUGGACUACGUGGUCAACAUCGCCGACAGCAACGGGAACACGGCGCUACACUACUCCGUGUCCCACGCCAACUUUCCUGUGGUGCGACAGCUGCUCGACAGUGGUGUCUGCCAGGUGGACAAGCAGAACCGCGCAGGCUACAGCCCCAUCAUGCUCACUGCCCUGGCCACUCUGAAGACCCAGGAUGACAUCGAGACCGUCCUGCAGCUCUUCCGGCUCGGCAACGUCAACGCCAAAGCCAGCCAGGCCGGACAGACAGCCCUGAUGCUGGCAGUCAGCCACGGGCGGGUGGAUGUUGUCAAAGCCCUGCUGUCCUGCGAGGCAGACGUCAACGUGCAGGACGACGACGGCUCCACAGCCCUCAUGUGCGCCUGCGAGCACGGCCACAAGGAGAUCGCGGGGCUGCUGCUGGCCGUGCCCAGCUGCGACAUCUCCCUCACCGACCGCGACGGGAGCACGGCCCUGGUGGUGGCCCUGGAUGCGGGGCAGAGCGAGAUCGCGUCCAUGCUGUACUCGCGCAUGAACAUCAAGUGCUCGUUUGCCCCGAUGUCGGAUGACGAGAGUCCUGCGUCGUCCUCAGCGGAAGAGUAGCCUCCCCUCGGGGGCCAGCCAGCCCCGGAACCAGCCGUCCCCGUCAGUGUCCCCUCUCUGUUCCCCAUUCUCCCUGGCCACCCGCUGCUCACACUCCCCAAGGCCCACGUCCCCAAGGCAAGUGGGUUUUUCCUUCUGUGUCCCUGGGGGAGCCCCGACGGCAGCAGGACUCCAGCUCCAAGCCGGUUUUCUUGGCACCCCGGUUCAAAGCCGCCGCGGCGCAGACCGAAGCUAAAUUCUUGUAUAAAUUGGCGCCAGCGGCUGAUGCUGGGGUGUGUGGGUUUUAUGAAGAACAUUGAGAACAAUCGGCCGGCAAUUACGGCUGGGGGAGGGCGAGAGGGAAUAAGUACUGUAGUUUUGAAUCAUGGUUGCGGGAAGAGGGCGGCCAUUGGAUUAUUUCUUGCCAGAUUUGAAAGUCACUGGAAUUUGCAUAUUGUCAUUUUAAUCCUGAAUGUUAUUACGCACGGGUCGGGGCUCAAGUGGCUUCCCCACGCCCCCACCCUGACAUCUAAUUGUCUGGCAUAUAAUAGUGUUUUGUCUGCUUCCCCCCUGCCCCGCCAUGGCUUUCUUGGGGGAAUUUUCUUGUGGUCGCUUCACAAAACAGAUCCUCUGUCCUUGUCACCCGGGGCAGAAAGCGCGAUCCUUUUUUCUGCCUUCCUGCUGCCCCUGGCAGCGGGGGCGGUGGGGUUGGGUGGCGGGGGCUGGGGGGGACUCGGGACCCUGUGGCCACGGUGCCUAUAUAGAACCAGUUCACAGCGAGAAAGAAAUGACCCAGAAAUCCGUCCCCUCCCCUCACGGAGGCCCCGGCCAAUGUUAAUUUUCCUCGAAAAUCCUUCAAAC